UCGUUUGGAUCUCACGCUCCAUCCCAUGUCAACACAGUGGAAACAUCGCCAACAAUCACAUUGUCGAAAGUGAAGGACAACAGCUGCGCCCACUAGAGCACAGCCUACCGUCCAUCGUACUGGCCUUCCAGGCCUACUAAGCGCACACGACAUGGAUCGAAUGAGCGGAUUGCCGAUGAUCAAAUGUUCAUCAUGUGGGAUUGACAUCGAUAUCUUACAACUGGCCGAUCAUGUCUGUGCCAAAGCUCCUCUCCCAACAGCAAGCCCAGCUACAGCCUCACCCGCCCAACCGCAAGCGCCGGCCCCAGAACCGACGUCGCCAAAGCUCGAACGCGCUACAUCCUUUGGAGGUCCAUCCUUCAGCACCCGGUAUGAGGGUCAAGCACCUUCCUCGAGUCGUAUGCCGGCACCGCCCAGGAUAGACUCACAAGCAGCCAAUAAACCAUUUCGGCCCAUUGAGCCAUCACCGAUGAGCAGCAAUUACAGCGAUCCAAGAAGCCGUUCUCCGCUGCCUUCUGCGCUUCCCAGGUCACCCUACGCCCUGAAUCGAAGUGCAACAAGCCCAGUACCGCCCUCUAUUUCGCAGCCCUCGCCAGAUUUCCCUUCCAACAUGGACUCAUCGUUUCCUCGAUUCCCCACCAAUCGAGUAGCUACGCCUCGAAGCGCACGACCACAGGACCGUGAUAGGCUCGAUGCCACAUACAAUCAGCGAUACGCCGAACCUAGUCCCCUCUUUGCGCCCCUUAGCCCCCGUACAAAUGGUGGAGAGAACGUCUUAAAACGUAUGGACAACAUUGCGCCUGGUCCCUUCGACAGCCGACGACCAAGCACAGCCAGUGCGCCCAGAUCGCCUUCGCAGGAACCAUCGUUUGGGCACCGUAGAACAGAGACACAGGGGAGCCUGCGGAGUAUUGGUAGUGGAUCCAAAUCACGGACAUCGCUGGCGUCAAGCACAUCCCGAGCUUCUGCGUACUCGAACCGCAGCGCCGGACUAACCAGCCGAACAAAAUCGGGACCGACUGCAACGAUGCCUCCACCUCCACUACCAGCUGCAGCUGUAGAGAGUGAAGGCAUCGACGCUUUCCUCGGGCGUUUGCAGAAUGAAGCUAAACGUCCGGUGCAGUUAAGUCAAGACGAUAGGUCGAAGACAUACCCGCUCCACAAGGAAAGCCAGGAAAGGAAAGGGCCACCACCGCGACCAAGGAGACCUUCCGAGAAAGACCUGCCUCCAGCAAACAUCGCUGAGUACAAAACCUCAGACUUCGCCCCUCGAUCCAACAACAUGUUUCCCUCACGCAACCCUAGUCAGACAGCAUCGGAGGCAGACUCACGCAGGGACCCUGGACCUCCGCAGUCAUUGCAACCACCACCGCCAGUCACAACCAACUACAGUAUCGAUACACCAUCUGGUGCCCUUCACACACCGUCUGACUCAGGUUUAUCGGAUGACUCGUACGCCAGCUAUACCACACAAAGCGUUGCAAGCUCUCGAUCAAGUCCGCCCAGCUCUGAGGCCGGACAUUCGCGCAAUGUCUCCAAGAUCAGCCGUUCGGACUAUCUUGCAGAGGAGAGCUUUCAGAGAAUCGCAAGUCCCGUUUCUUACGCCGAAUCAAGGCCCCCUCCUUCUCAAACGCAAGGCCGACGAGCGCCUGCAAGCUACACACGUCCGAACCUAUCUGAACCAAUUCCACAAAUCUUGUCACCAGGGUUUCCAAGCCCUAGUGCACCAGAGUCCCCAAUGGAUCCUGCCAUUCAGCUAGGUGGGUCAUUCGAGGGACGCCCGAGAGAUCAGUCCGCGCCACAAGAUCCUGCCUUGAACCUUGCUCAGAGUCCUCGAAGACGCAGCCCAGAAUCUGGACCACGACAAGCAGAGGUACGCAGGCCGGCGCCCGCAAGUAAAGGCAAUUGUCGCGGUUGUUCCGAGCCCAUCCUCGGCAAGUCUGUCAAAGAUUCUUCGGGUCGCCUCACCGGACGCUACCACAGGUCUUGUUUCGUUUGCCGAACAUGCGGCGACGGCUUCCCUACCGCGGAAUUUUACGUCUUCGAAAAAGCGCCAUACUGCGAGCACCACUACCACGAGCUCAAUGGAUCCCUUUGCAAUUCCUGCAAUCGCGGUAUCGAAGGACAAUAUCUGGAGACAGAUUCACGCGAGAAGUUUCAUCCCGGAUGCUUCAUAUGUUCUACAUGUAGGAUCCCACUGAGCGCCGACUACUACGAGGUUGGCGGACAAAAGCUUUGCGAACGACAUGGCCAACGAGCCGCAGCGCCACGCCAGAACUAUCUUGGGCCUGGCGACUACCGCCCGCGAAAUGUGCAGAAGCGCCGAACAAGACUUAUGAUGAUGUGAGCGAAGUCCAAGCUCACAGAGAUCAGUAUUUCCUUUAUUGUUCCCAUUAAGUAUUUCCUUUGUUGUAACGUAAGCGUUCUGGUUCGCUGCGUCGUUAUGAGCAUUCUUUUUGGACUACUUUCAUUCUGAUACCCGGCUAGUCCGCCUCCG